AUGAACGGAAUGAACCGUCGGGGGGAGGGGGGGGGGGGGGGCGGGGGGGGGGGGAGGGGGGGGGGCGGGGGGGCGGGGGGGGGGGGGGGCGGGGGGGGGGGGGGGGGCGGGGGGGGGGGGCGGAGGGGGGGGGGGGGGGGGGGCGGGGGGGGCGGGGGGGCGGGGGGGGGGGGGAGGGGGGGGGGGGGGGGCGGGGCCGGGCGGGCGGGGGGGGGGGGGGCGGGAGGGGCGGGGGGCGGGGGGGGGGGGGGGGGGGGGGGGGGGCGGGGCGGGGGGGGGCGGGGCGGGGGGGGGGGGGGGGGGGGGGGGGGGGGGGGGGCGGGGGGGGGGCGGGGGGGGGGGGGGGGGGGCGGGGGGGGGGGCGGGGGGGGGCGGGGGGGGGGGGGCGGGGGGGGCGGGGGGGGGGGGGGCGGGGGGGGCGGGGGGGGGGGGGGGGGCGGAGGGGCGGGGCGGGGGGGAGGCGGGGGGGGGACGGGGGGGCGGGGGGAGGGGGGGGGGGGGGGGCGGGGGGCGGGGGCGGGGGCGGGGGGGGGGGGGGGGGGCGGCGGGGGGAGCGGGGGGGGGGGGGGGGGGGGGGGGGGGCGGAGGGGGGGGGGGGAGCGGGGGGGGGGGGACGGGGGGGGGGGGGGGGGGGGCGGGCCGGGGGGGACGGGGGGCGGGGGGGGGGGGGGGGGGCGGGGGGCGGGGGGCGGGGGCGGGGGGGGGGGGGGGGGGGGGCGGGUGGGGCGCGCGGGGGGCGGGGCGGGGGGGGGGGGGGGGCGGGGCGGGGGGGGGGGGGGGGCGGGGGGGGGGGGGGGGGGGGGGGCGGGGCGCGGGGGCGGGGGCGGGGGGGGGCCGGGGGGGGGGCGGGGGGGCCGGGUGGCGGGGGGGGGGGGGGGGGGGGGGGGGGGGGUGGGGCGGGGGCGGGGUGGUGAGGGGGGGGGGGGGGGGGGGGCGGGGGCGGGGGUGGGGGGGGGGGGGGGGGCCGGGACGGGGGGGGGGCGGGGGGGGGGGGGGGGGGGGGGAGGGGCGGGGGGGGGGGGGGGGGGGGGGGGGGGGGGGGGGGGGGGGGGGGGGGGGGCGGGGCGAGGGGCGGGGGCGGGGGGGGGGCGGGCGGGGCGGGGGGGGCGGGGGGGGGGCGGGGGCGGGGGGGGGGCGGGGGGGGGGGGGGGGCGGGGGGGGGGCGGGGCGGGGGGGGGGGGCGGGGCGGGGGGGGGGCGGGGGGGGCGGGGGGGGGGCGGGCGGGGGGCGGGACGGGGCGGGGGGGCGGGGGGCGGGGGGCGGGGGGGGGCGGGGGCGGGGGGGGGGGGGGGGGGGGGCGGGGGGGGCGGGGGGGGGGCGGGGGGGGCGGGCGGGGGGGGGCGGGGGCGGGGGGGGCGGGGGGGGGGGGCGGGGCGGGGGGGGGGGCGGGGCGGGGGGCGGGGCGGGGGGGGGUGGGGCGGGGCGGCGGGGCGGGGGGGGGCGGGGGGGGGGGCGCGGGGGGGGCGGGGGCGGGGCGGGGGGGCGGGGGGGGGGGGGGGGCGGGGGGCGGGGGGGGCGGGCGGGGGGGGGGGGGGGGGCGGGGGGCGGGGGGGGGGGGGCGGGGCGGGCGGGGGGGGGGGGCGGGGGGGGGCGGGGGGGGGGGCGGGGGGCGGGGGGGGGCGGGGGGGGGGGCGGGGCGGGGGGGCGGGGGGCGGGGGGGGGGGGGCGGGGGCGGGCGGGGCGGGGGGGGCGGGGGGGGGGGGGGCGGUGGGGUGGGGGGCGGGGGGGCGGGGGGCGGGGGGGGGGGGGGCGGGGGGGGGGGGGGCGGGGGGGGGCGGGGCGGGGGGCGGGGGGGGGGGGCGGGGGGCGGGGGGGCGGGGGGGGCGGGGGCGGGGGGGGGGGGCGGCGGGGCGGCGGGGCGGGCGGGGGGGCGGGGGGGGGGGGCGGGGCGGCGGGGGGGCGGGGGGGGCGGGGGGGGCGGCGGGGGGGGGGGCGGGGGCGGGGCGGGGCGGGGGGCGGGGGGGGGGGGGGGGGCGGGGGGCGGGGGGGGGGGGCGGGGCGGGGGCGGCGGCGGGGGGGGGGGGGGGGGGGGGGGGGGGGGGGGGGGGCGGGGCGGGGGGGCGGCGGGGGGGGGGGCGGCGGGGGGGGGGGGGGCGGGGCGGGCGGCGGCCGGGGGGGCGGCGGGGGGGGGGGCGGGGGGCGGGGGGGCGGGGGCGGGGGGCGGGGGGCGGGGGGGGCGGCGGGGGCGGGGGCGGGGGGGGGGCGGGGCGCGGGGCGGGGGGGGGGGCGGGGGGGGCGGGGGGGCGGGGGGGGGGGGGGGCGGGGGCGGGCGGGGGGGGCGGGGGGGGCGGGCGGGCGGGGGGGGGGGCGGGGGGGGGCGGGGGGGCGGGGGGGGGGGGGGGGGGGCGGGGGGGGGGGGCGGGGGGGCGGGGCGGGGGGCGGGGGGGGCGGGGGGCGGGGGCGGGGGGGGGGGGUGCGGGGGGGGGGGGCGGGGGGGGCGGGGGGGGGGGGGGGGGGGCGCGGGGGGCGGGGGGGGGGGGGGGCGGGGGGGGGGGGGGGGGCGGGGGGGGCGGGGGGGGGGGGGGCGGGGGGCGGCGGGGGGGUGGGGGGGCGGGCGGGGGGGCGGGCGGGGGGGCGGCGGGGGGGGGCGGGGGGGGGGGGGGGGGGGCGGGGGGCGGGGGGGCGGGGGGGGGGGGCGGGGGCGGGGGCGCGGGGGGGGGGGCGGGGCGGGGGGCGGGGGGGGGCGGGGCGGGGGGGGGGGGGGGCGGGGGGCGGGGGCGGGGGGGGGGGGGGGGGGGGGGGGGGCGGGCGCGGGGGGGGGGGGCGGGGGGCGGGCGGGGCGGGGGGGGCGGGGGCGGGGGGCGGGGGGGCGGGCGGGGGGGGGGGGGGGGGGGGGGUGCAAGCUGCGUCGAUGAGGCACAUGUGCUUGGACCCAUCAGCACCAUCUAUGUUGAAUUCAGUCUUAGCCCCCGGAGAGGCUAG